AUGGUCGGCGUUGCGGGGCGGUCUAAAGGCUGCAUUUCAUGUAGGAAGAGAAAAAAGGGUUGCGAUCUUCAACGCCCCGCAUGCGGACAGUGCCAGGACAGAGGACUUACGUGCGAAGGCUACGAUGUAGAUCGCAUCUUCAUAUACCAGAAAGACAGACCUGAACGUAAAGCGUUGGUUAUAACACCCCCGCGAACACCUCGAGGCACGACACCAGACGAUGUUGUACGGUUCGGCAGCGACCAAGGUACCGAGUUCUACUCAAGUGAAUGCAGUCCACCCAACACACCCAUAAGCCUUCCAGAGGGGUUCGCACUCUCUGCCUACAGCCAAAUAAGCAUGGAAGCAUACGUGCACGUAUUCAUCCCACAAAACAUUCACAACCCUCACGCCAUCCUCGCAGAAGACAACACUUUCAUGAACUUCCUACCCAUGCUAUGCGUCCACGACCCUGCCCUCCGCAUGGCCAUCCUUGCCGUCGGUACUGCAGCCCUCGGCAAGACCUCCAACGACGCAAUCGUGCUACAGCAGGGAAAGGUGCUAUACGGUAAGGCGCUCGUAGAGAUGGGACGAGCGUUGCGCGACCCGCAGCGCGCGAAAAGUGAGGCCCUACUUGCAAUUCCCAAGGUCAUGGGUUUGUUUGAGAUAUUGUUUGGGCCUGAUGCGAACUCGGGGACGCAGGCGAGGAGCUGGCUGAGCCAUGCUAAGGGCGAGUUGGCGCUGAUAAUUAGACGGGAGCCGGAUGCGUAUGCGGAAGAUGAUGCGGCGCAUUUACUGUUUGCGAAUGCGAGGUAUCGACCCAUUGUUGCUGCUGUACGUACGAGGAAAACGACGGUACUUAAUGAGGAGUGUUGGAGGAUGACGCCGUGGAGGAACAGGGUCAAGACGCCGAAUGAUGGGCUCCUCGAUGUUUUGGCCGGCGUGCCUGAACUUCUCGAGGAUCUCGAGACACUGGUCUCUUGGACGAAAGAUACGACGCAGGAAGAAGAUGAGACGUUGGGUCUCUUCAGCUCCGGGUCGGUGGUAGAGGAUGUGUCGAGUGACCCCUUGCGUCUUCAACUGACCGCCAAAUGCUGGGCCGUACAUCUCAAACUAGAGUCCUGGCUUGCCGCCCACACGAGCAAAAUUCACACCCCCGUAUCGCACGCUACGAGCCCGAUCGUCUUUCCUUCCCUCGAAUGUGCUUGCCUCACGAUUCGAUACUGGGCAAUUUCUAUCCUUCUAUACGGCACUCUAGACACUGUGCUAGACGUCCCAUCCGACGAAGCUACCUCGCAUAUCGACCGUCCACAUCCACGGAGCUUUGCUCGCCUGGUAGCACGAUGCGUCUCGUAUUUCUUUCAGGAUUGCUUUGGCGUCACAGCCGCAACUGCGAUUUCGUUCCCGCUAGGCUGCGCGAUGUUGUACAUGAAACGAGAUCCAAAGGUAGAUGGACAGUACAUGGGCAUGAUCACGAAGUCUUUGAAUGAUCCGAUGCUGCCGAGCGUGAUCAAAGAUUUCCUGGCCAGCAUGGGAAAACAAUCUACAGGGCCGACACGCACUGGCGAGAGGGCUAAAGGAUAG